AUGGACUUGGCCAACACCGAGGCCACUGGGCUUUCCUUCUCACCUUCAGAAUACCGUCUUGUUGACUCUUCUACCGCUUUCAUGCCGUUCUCCCCUGGCGUUUAUCCCCAAGGCAGCGAGCAGUAUCUGUUCUCAGAGCCUCACUUGCCUGCGUCGCCUGGUAUCUCCGGAGCUAUGCAUCAGCAGUCGAAUUCCCGUGCACCCAAUGCCAUCCCCUGGAAUCACCUGGUGGCCACUCAGGGGCGAAUAUCCGGCCUGUCGGACGACAUUCGGGCUGGGAUACCACCAGCAAGUUCCGAGCUCGCUAUCAAUCAUGGCCACAGAAGGGCCCAUUCGACAUUUAGUGGACAGGAAUCUGUCGAAGAUUCGGCUUAUUGGACUGGGCCGAAAACAUACCACGGAGUAGAAUCCGUCACCAGCUCCAGUGAAGGAGUCAUGGAUCGAGGGAGCAAAACUUACCCUACGCAUAAUUUCCCACCUACGGAAGUAGAUAACUAUCGGUCUUCGCACUCGUCAAGCACAAUCACGCCGACCAUGUACAGCGACGUCUCACACCAACCAGAUUUCUCCCUUCCAAACGCUUCCACACAACACGGCACACAGGCCGAGGCUGGCUCGGAAAUCUUGACGCAUUCCAGUGCUGGGCUCUACUGUGUCGACUGUAAAUAUACUGGAAAGACGAGAUCAGACAUGAAGAAACACAACGCACGCCAUGAGAGAAAAUACAAAUGCCGUCAUAGCGCAUGCCCUCGCCGCAAUAAAGGCUUUGCCACGAGCAAUGACCUCGAUCGGCACUUGAAAUCAGUUCACAAUGUGAACAACCGGAAGACCAAGUACUACAAAUGUUUCGCACCUGGUUGCACCAGAGCUUCAAAAUUGUGGCCGAGACAGGACAAUUUCAAGCAACAUCUCGUCAAAAUGCACAAGGGUCAAGACGAGGACGAGCUCAUACGCAAGUCCGAGCAAUGGUAUGCUGACCUCCAGCAACAACACGCAGCCGAAGCGCAACCAGAGGGCGACACACAGUCAAAAACCACUCCAGAUGAGAUGGUUGUCGACAUGACCAACAUCCCCGGGGGACAACAGCUCGCGGUCUACAACUACACCGAGCCAACGCAGACCUAUAGCUCAGGAUCACCUCUUGAGUUCUCUAUGAUGCGUACGCACAGCUUCGAUCCGCAGAAUAUUGACCCGAGGCUUUCUGUCCCAUCGAGACCUUGUGUUCAAAAUCAUGGCCCUCAACGUCGACGGGACUCGACACCAGUGAACCCGGCGGACGUACAUCGCCAACUUCACCUUUCUCAGCGCUUGAGCAGCACGAACCUCGCACCACCUAGGAUAACAGCAACAAGGCCACGAUCCCGGACUGGAUUUAGUCAUCAUCUUCAAGCAUCCACAGUAUCACACCACGUGGAUCUCGACGUCAAAUACAAUCCCAUCCAUGAGGAGCAGUGGGCUGGAGUACAGUCCAAUAUACCAGCCAUGAAGGUGGAUUACAACGUCAAGUACGCCUGGGAGAAUGACCAGAUGAGAACUAUCCGGGGGGCCUAUACCGUGGCAAAUCCCUUCUUGGAAUCAGGUAGGAUGACUGAGGUGCCGUCGCCCCAAGAAGUCCAACCAGCGAUGCUGCACCAACUGAGAGGCGAGCAAGAAGAUAUUGUGAUGAACGUAGGUGGAGGCGCUACCAGCGAGGAUGUGACUCCGAUCUCGCCUCUGUGUCCACAAGUCAAAGUGACUCCGCCGGAAGGCGAAAGCAAACAGAGCACAACUCGUCUCACCAAACGUCUUGUGGAUGAAAUCGCCCAGAUCUUGGGUGAGCAUAAAGCUUUAUCGAACAAGGACGGGCCAAUCCUCUCUGAAGAGGAGCUCCUCGCUCAUUUCAGGUCGAGCCUGCGAUCAUCUGUGAAGAGCGUCGGGAGCUCAGCCCUCAGCCUCACCGCUGGAGACGAAGACUCCGAAACAUCUGCUGUCAAGAAGUGUCCUGCCACGAACCAGACAUAUCACAUAUGUCGGGAAUGCGGCAAGAUUAAAUUGCGAGCCAGCGAGCUGAAGAAGCACAUGCAACGUCACGAGAAGCCUUACGGCUGUACCUUUGACCAUUGUAACAAAACAUUUGGAAGCAAAAAUGACUGGAAACGGCAUGAGCAGGGUCAGCACGAGCAACAGGAAUGCUGGCUCUGUCUCAAAUGUCGAGAAGUCUUCUAUCAUGAUCAACGUCAUUAUGUUGCUCAUAUGAGACAAGCACACUCUAUGGAUCGGAUUGAAAAAACUGAGCACAGUCUGGAGAAUCGGAACAUCGCCCGGAACCAUCAAGGACGGUUCUGGUGCGGGUUCUGCGAUGAGAUCAUUGCACAUGAUUUUCAAGGAGUGCAUGCAAUCACUCAUCGGUUCAAUCAUAUCGCGGAUCAUUUUGUAAAGGAGAAGACGAACAUAAAGUCUUGGAUCGAACUUGGCGAACGAGGCAAGAAGAAGGGCGCUCGCCUCGAAUCCUCUACCGAAUCGGUGCACAACACCUCACCAGAAGCCGAAGAAGACGGAGAGGGCGAGGAGGAAGAGAAAGAAGGAGAAGGAGAAGACACGAUAAUGACGUCCGCCCGCUCCGAAUCCGACAGCCCGCAGUCCUCAUACCUACAGAGUGAAUCGUCGCCUGACAAGCAGACAUAUUUGUCCCAGUCUUCCUCCUCCAAACAUGGAUCACAACAGCGGCAGAAUCUCAAUUUCAAUCAACCGCAGUCGUUUGCGGACCACAUGAUGCUCUUCAGUGGCCCUUCUACUGACAAACUUGAUGGUCAGGGUCAACAGGCUGAUGAUGCAGGUGGACCUUCGAAAAGCCAAGGAUCCAACGCGCCCCAAUACCUCAUUGAAUGUUGCCAGUGCGGCGCCUCUGCAAGCUGGUCACUCGUGGCCGUCGGCGGGAUCAAAGGUGUCCAAGGAAAGAGUAGCAAAAAGCAAGAAACGUUCGGGUUGGUCGACAUAACGUUUGUCAAUGAUGACGAUGAUGACAACGACGACGACGAUGAUGAUGAUGAUGUUAACGACAUGGAUAAAUCUAUGAGAUGCCAUGUUUUGUUGUUCACGACGACGGUAUGA